AUGGGGUCGUCGAUCACUGUAGGGACUUCUUGGUUUGGAGAGAAGGUAAAAGUCGACACUGCCACUCCAUUAAAUGUGACUGCGUUUGCUACCGCAUCUACACUCCAUGUAGUACCAGAAAAUGCUGCAGAUAUCACUAAGGGAAAAGGUCCUGGAAUGUUGGCGUUGAAGUGUCUUUUGCAGGUACCAACCCCUCUACUCACAUCGGAUCGGAGCAUCGGAUCGGAGCACUCGUUCGAUCCUCAGAUUACGAAAAAAUUACUGGUGUAUCAUUUUGACGGGUACAAUUCUCAUUCUCAUACCUUAAAACAGAAAUGGUUCUCGGGUGGAGAAGAUGGAAGAAGAAGAAGAAGGGCAAGGGAGGAGUUGGUGACUCCCAACCACUUCCGGUGCCCGAUUUCUCUGGAUCUAAUGAAAGACCCUGUGACGCUGUCCACCGGAAUCACCUACGACCGAGAAAGCAUAGAAAGGUGGUUCGAAGAAGGAAACUUGACAUGCCCCCUCACCAACCAAAUCGUCACCCACUUGGACUUCAUUCCCAACCACACCCUCCGAAUGAUGAUCCAAGACUGGUGCGUCGAUAAUCGAACACGUGGCGUCCAAAGAAUCCCAACGCCGCCAGUUCCCAUCACCCCAAAGGAAGUUCAACACCUUCUUCUCACUCUUUAUUCCGUUUCCAAGGCCUCGCCUCUCGACCCACACGCCUGCCUUCCGUUGCUGCAAGCAAUUCAGAAAUGGGGUGCCGAGAGUGAGCGGAACACGCGCUGCAUGGAGGACAACGGACUGCCACGUGCAUUAGCCUCUGCGUUUCAUGCAUUCGCUAAUCCUUCUCAUUCCACUUUGCUUCAUCACAUUCUCUCGCUUCUCAACUCCAUGUUUCCACGUGAAUUCCAGGCGCUACAGCAUUUGGGCUCUGAAGCUUCUUUACGUUGCAUGGUUUGGUUCUUGAGGCAGCAAGAUCUCUCCUGGAAAGAGACCUCAAUUGUUGCCCUCAGAAACCUUGUUUCUUUCGGUGAUCACCGACACGUGGAGGCUCUCGCGGAGAUCCAAGGAAUGAACCAAGUAUUGGCGAAGUUUCUUAACCGAAGGAUGUUAUUUGGUCAAACCAUUGCGAAAGCUUCGUUGGCGGUGGUUUGGCAUUUGGUUUGCUCUAGUGAGAGAAUGAGAUUGAAAUUUAUCCAAGUGGGAAUGGUUUGUUCAAUGUUGGAGAUUGUCCUUGAGUCGGAGGGGGAAAAACAUCGAAACUUAACUCUAAGCCCCUGUUUGGAUCUAUUGAUUUACUAUUUACGUAGAAGGAAAGGCGAAGAAAAUGGGUAUUUGUUUCCGGUAAUUUGCAACGAUGGAAAGGCGAAGAAAAGGGGGAAGAAGCGUCGUUGCCAUCCUCACACAAAAACGAAGAAAAGAGAAGAAAGCCACGUAAGAUUUGUGAAAACCCAGGCAACUUUGUACACCAAAGCUCGACCUCCGAUAUGA